AUGAAGUCAUCUGACGUCUUCCGCACUCUCUCAGCGGCGCUCUCUCAGAGAGAGCUUUCCUUGGCAGACAUUACGCUGUACGCUCUUGGUACUUCAUGCGUAGCCUUAUUGGGAGCGUAUCUAUACCUAUGGCCAUACCGAGCUUAUACUCUUCCAUUUAAGAAUCUUCAAGGUCCCGAACCUGACAGUUGGUUCUUCGGUUCGAUGAGAAGAAUCAUCAAAGAACCUCCCUUAGCACCUCAUCAAGCAUGGUUAGAAACCUAUGGUCCAACAUAUCGUUAUCGACUUUUCUUCGGUUCAUGGAGAUUUUUCACUGCGGAUCCAUUAGCUCUUUCUUACAUCCUCAAUCACUCAGAUUCAUUUCCUAAAACAGGUAUGGCAAGAAGAGAAAUGGAAACUAUUUUAGGUCGAGGUGUGCUCAUUGCCGAAGGAGAAGAUCAUAAACGUCAACGAAAAGUUUUAAACCCUUCUUUCUCGCUUACGGCAGUCAGAGGGAUGUUACCUAUUUUUUAUGAUUCAGCAUAUGAAUUGAGGGAUAAAUUACAAGGAUUAAUUGAAGAUCCGAAUGCUAUGGCAUCACCUACUCCUGCUAAAGAAGAAGAUAAAGUUGAAGGUGGUAAAAAAGUUGAUGUUAUGAAAUAUUUAGGACAAGCUACUAUUGAUGUGAUUGGAAAAGCUGGAUUUGAUUAUGAUUUUCAAGCUUUGAAAGCACCGACGAAUGAGUUGGCAGAUGCUUAUAGAAGUUUGUUUAGUACUUCUAUGACUAUUACACCUAUGGCGAUUUUACAGGCCUUGUUUCCGGUAUUCAAGAAGUUGCCUACCAAACGUAUGAGGGUAGCCAGCGAAGCUAUCCGAACUACUAAAAGAAUCGGAAUGCGUCUCUUAGAAGAAAAGAAACAAGCCGUACGUAAAGCCCAUUCAGAGGGUUUGGAAAAGGGAACGGACAUCGGUCGCGACCUUCUAUCCAUCCUUGUGAAAGCCAACAUGGCAUCAGAUUUGAAACCCGAACAACGUAUGUCCGAUUCUGAGGUUUUGGCACAAAUUACCACAUUUAUGUUGGCGGGAAACGAAACCUCCGCUACUGCUCUCUCGUGGAUCUGUUACGUACUCAGUAUGCAUCAAGAUGUUCAAGAUCGUCUUCGAGAAGAAGUGACCUCUGUAUCAGAUGACAGACCUUCUUUUGAAACAUUGACACAAUUACCUUAUAUGGAUAAAGUCAUUCGUGAAGUGUUAAGAUUAUAUCCACCUGCACCUUCUACCGUUCGGCAAGCUGAGGAAGCUACGACUUUACCACUCAGUAAACCUGUAAAGGGAAGAGAUGGGAAGAUGAUCGAUCAUGUGAAUCUACCAAAGGGAUGCGUGAUUUUCGUUCCGAUCAUGUGUAUAAACAUUUCCACUGAUGUUUGGGGAUCCGACGCUUCGACCUUUAAUCCAGAUAGAUAUGAUAAUCUUCCAUCUUCUUCCAACCAAGUUCCGGGUGUAUGGGGAAACCUUUUGACUUUCUUAGGAGGAACGAGGAAUUGUAUUGGUUAUCGAUUCGCUUUAGCCGAGAUCAAAGCUAUUUUAUUCGUUUUGAUCAGAAGUAUGAAAUUUGAGGAAUUACCUAGUAAACCUCAAUUUGAGAAGAAAGCCGCAAUCGUCAUGCGUUCUCGUGUGAUAGGAGAAGAAGAUGCUGGAUAUCAACUACCUCUCUUAGUCAAACUUCUCUCGCAAUAG